GACGCAAUCUCACGGCCUUCUGGGAAGGGUAGUUUAUUUGUUCUCCAGCUGGGGAAAGACUUAGGGCUGUAGACUACCCCUCCCGUGAGGUAGUACGUAACUCCACCCCGUUAGCGGCGUCUUCGAACGCGCCGCGGCAGCCAUGUUGGACGUGGCCAGCACAGGGGCCGGCACCACGGGGUUAUCGAAGCAGCUGUCACGAUGCUGGGGUCCCUGGUGUUGAGGAGAAAACCACCGGCGCCACGGCUACUCCUCCGGCUACUCAGGUCCCCAGUGCUCCGGGGCCAUGGAGGUGUUUUCGGUGGGAAUGUGACCACUGGGGGUCUCGGGGAGCCUCAGUGGCUGAGGGCAGCCGCCGGGGGGCGCCCUGGAACAUCGCCGGCCUUGUUCUCCGGACGCGGGGCAGCCACUGGGGGGCGCCAUGGAGGACGCUUCGAUACCAAAUGCCUCGCGGCUGCCAUCUGGGGACGCCUUCCUGGCCCCGAAGAAACACUCCCAGGACAGGACAGCUGGACCGAGGUCCCCAACAGGGCCGGACUGGGCAUGUGGGUCCUGGCCACAGCGCUGGUGGUUCAUUGCUACAGCAAGAGUCCGUCCAACAAGGAUGCAGCCCUGAUGGAAGCUGCCCGUGCCAACAAUCCACAAGAAGUCAGCAGACUGCUGUCAGAAGGCGCAGAUGUCAACGCAAGGCACAGACUUGGCUGGACAGCACUCAUGGUGGCAGCCAUCAACCGAAAUUACAGUGUGAUACAGGUCCUGCUUGCCGCCGGGGCUGAUCCAAACCUUGGAGAUGAUUUCAGCAGUAUUUACAAGACUGCCAAGGAACAGGGAAUCCAUUCUCUGGAAGAUGGGGGACAGGACGGUGCAAGCUGGCGCAUCACAAACCAGUGGACAAGUGCCUUGGAGUUCAGGAAGUGGCUAGGACUCCCUGCUGGCGUCCUGGUCACCCGAGAGGAUGACUUCAACAACAGGCUGAACAAUCGUGCCAGCUUCAAGGGCUGCACAGCCCUACACUAUGCUGUCCUUGCUGAUGACUACCGCACUGUCAAGGAGCUGCUUGAUGGAGGAGCCAACCCCCUGCAGCGGAAUGAAAUGGGACACACACCCUUGGAUUAUGCCCGAGAAGGGGAAGUGAUGAAACUUCUGAGGACUUCUGAAGCCAAGCACCAAGAGAAGCAGCGAAAGCGUGAGGCUGAGGAGCGGCGCCGCUUCCCCCUGGAGCAGCGACUGAAGGAGCACAUCAUUGGCCAGGAGAGCGCCAUCGCCACAGUGGGUGCUGCGAUCCGGAGGAAGGAGAAUGGCUGGUAUGAUGAAGAACACCCUCUGGUCUUCCUCUUCUUGGGAUCAUCUGGAAUAGGAAAAACAGAGCUAGCCAAGCAGACAGCCAAAUAUAUGCACAAAGAUGCUAAAAAGGGCUUCAUCAGGCUGGACAUGUCCGAGUUCCAGGAGCGACAUGAGGUGGCCAAGUUUAUCGGGUCCCCACCAGGCUACGUCGGCCAUGAGGAGGGUGGCCAGCUGACCAAGAAGUUGAGGCAGUGCCCCAAUGCUGUGGUGCUCUUUGAUGAAGUAGACAAGGCCCAUCCAGAUGUGCUCACCAUCAUGCUGCAGCUGUUUGAUGAGGGCCGACUGACAGAUGGAAAAGGGAAGACCAUUGAUUGCAAGGACGCCAUCUUCAUCAUGACCUCCAAUGUGGCCAGCGAUGAGAUCGCACAGCACGCGCUGCAGCUGAGGCAGGAAGCUUUAGAGAUGAGCCGUAACCGUAUUGCCGAAAACCUGGGAGAUGUCCAGAUAAGUGACAAGAUCACCAUCUCAAAGAACUUCAAGGAGAAUGUGAUUCGCCCUAUCCUGAAAGCUCACUUCCGGAGGGAUGAGUUUCUGGGACGAAUCAAUGAGAUCGUCUACUUCCUCCCCUUCUGCCACUCAGAGCUCAUCCAACUCGUCAACAAGGAACUAAACUUCUGGGCCAAGAGAGCCAAGCAAAGACACAACAUUACGCUGCUCUGGGACCGCGAGGUGGCAGACGUGCUGGUCGAUGGCUACAACGUGCACUAUGGCGCCCGCUCCAUCAAACAUGAGGUAGAGCGCCGUGUGGUGAACCAGCUGGCAGCAGCCUAUGAGCAGGACCUGCUACCAGGGGGCUGCACUCUGCGCAUCACAGUGGAGGACUCAGACAAGCAGCUACUCAAGAGCCCAGAACUGCCCUCACCCCAGGCCGAGAAGCGCCUCCCCAAGCUGCGGCUGGAGAUCAUCGACAAGGACAGCAAGACUCGCAAACUGGACAUCCGGGCACCACUGCACCCUGAAAAGGUGUGCAACAUCAUCUAGCAGCCACCUGCCUACCUAUAUGCACCCUCACCAUCCAAUAAAAGCCCCUCGGCUGUGGCAUGGUGACUCACCUAUCUUCCCCUCAUGCCUUUCCCAUCUUUACCCAGCCUAAGGCCUGCUUACCUCCUCACAGCCCCUGAAGACCCUUCCUCAGUCCCAAAACCUGAAGGAGGAAUUUUGCCCUACUCUGGCCCCUUUGUUUUGGGCCCAUAACCUGCUAACAAGCCUUCAGGAGAGGAGCUGCCUUUCACCCCUUCAAGGCAAGGGGGAGGGAGGUCCCUUAUUUCCUUCAGAAUGCUCCCCAUCCCCCAUAGUUGCUGGACUCUCUCAUGUUCCCAGGAAGCUCAGAAGUAUGGCAGCUAAAAACACAGCUGGCUGGAAGAAGACAGGGACCAGACUGUGAACUGCCACCCUCUGGCAGCCCUCAUGCAACUCAGUCCCCAGAAUGGCUUCACUGGUAGUGGAGGAAGAGUUCGGAGGCCCAGGUGCAGAUGGGUCUGCAAUUUAGUCUGUAGCCUCCUCGUUCCAUACCCUAAAAUUCUAAGGGAAGGGACCCAUAGAACCUUGCCUGUUUGCACUACUGUAUUAUGCCCACUGUUCCUCCCCACCCCAUGUCCUGGGGUCAGGCCAGACCAUGUUUCUUCAGCCUUGGGGACUAGGCCAGUGUUGGACACCUCUAGGAGGAGGCCUGACUGGUUCAUUACCCUCACCUACUCAAACUGAGCAGCAGUCCCAGAUAACCAAGGAAGCUCAGCUCUGCAGGGCCUCCUUCAAAAGACUAACAUCGCAGACAUUAGGAAGCUGUAGGGAGAGAGACCAUAGGUUUAACCUCUGCCCAUGUGGCCAUGGAGUUGUCCUCAGCCCUGUCUGUACUGCUUUUCUAAAUGAGCCUGGAAUAAACAUGCAGUUUAUUCAGUCUGCAUGUUAGUCACUAAGCAGAGGGUCUGGACACCAUCCCCCAGGGGCAUUUCACAGACCAGCCAAUGUUUCAAGCCCACCUUAGCCAGGCACAGUAAGGCUUGGUGCAUCCUUGGGCACCAUCUGCAGUAAGCACCGCUGAUAAGCACUCCAUCCACCUUCCCGCUGCAGGCCCUUUGUGGAAUCCUCAGGAAGUGUGUCCUUAGCUAGUCUCUUUUAGGAAGCAGAGAAUGGGGCCAGGAAUCAAACUCUCAUAGGUAAUGGAAGCAUGUCCUAAUGGUAUGAUGGAUAUGAGGCAGUCAGAAUCCAGGGUGUGGGCUCCAGAAGAUGCUUGGAUCACUGUCUACCCCUGAGGGCCUGUUGCUCCCUACCUCAGUGACUGCUUUUCUUUUCAUUGUUUUUUUACUUUUUGUUUAGAAAUAAUUUUAGACUUACAGAAAGUAGCAGAAAUAGUAGAAAAUUCCCAUGUACUUUUCAUCUAGCUUCUCCCAAUGGUAACCUCUUACAAAGCCAUACUAUAGCUUAUCAAAACCAGGAAAUUGCCGUGUGUGAUGGCUUAUCCCUGUAAUCCCAGCACUUUAAGACGCCGAGGCCGGUGGAUCACCUGAUAUCAGGAGUUCGAGACCAGCCUGGCCAACAUGGUGAAACCCUGUCUCUACUAAAAAUACAAAAAUUAGCCGGGCAUGUUGGUGGGUGCCUGUAACUCCAGCUACUCAGGAGGCUGAGGCGGGAGAAUCACUUGAACCUGGGAGUUGGAGAUUGCAGUGAGCUAGAUCACGCCACUGCACUCCAGCCUGGGCGACAAAGUGAGACUCCUUCUCAAAAACCAAAACCAGGAAGUUAACAUUGAUAAACUACUACUAACUAAUCUAUGGACAUUCAAAUUUUGCCAGUUUUCCCCUUGAUGUCCUUUUUCUGGUCCAGGAUCCCACAUUGCAUUUCGUUGUUGUGUUUCCUUCAUCUGUCAGCCUGUGACAGUUUCUCCAUUUUUCUUUGUCUUUUAUGACCUUGCCACUUUGGAAGAGUCCAGGCCAGUUACUUCAUAGAAUAUUCCCCAAUUUGAGUUUGUCUAAUGUUUUUACAUGAUGUAAUUGAGGGUCUGCAUUUUUGGCAAGACAACCGCAGAAGUGAUAUUGUGCCCUUCGUAGUGCCUCCCAGGAAAGGGUGGUGGUAACUUUUUGUUUGUUUUGGGGUUUUGAGACGGAAUCCCACUCUGUUGCCCAGGCUGGAGUGCAGUGGUGCAAUCUCAGCUCACUGCAACCGCCACCUCCAGGGUUCAAGUGAUUCUCCUGCCUCAGCCUGCUGAGUAGCUGGGAUUACAGGUGCCCACCACCACACCCAGCUAAUUUUUGUAUUUGUAAUAGAGACAGGGUUUAGCCAUGUUGGCCAGGCUGGUCUCUAACUCCUGACCUCAGGUGAUCCACCCACCUUUGCCUCCCAAAGUGCUGGGAUUACAGGUGUAAGCCACCAUGCCCAGCCUAGGUGGUGGUAAUUUUGAUCACAUGGCUAAGGUGGUAUGUGCCAGGUUUCUCCACUAUAAAAUUAGGAAUUUUCUCUUUGAAAUUAAUAAGAAUCUUCUGGGGAGAUACUUUGAAGCUGUGUGAAUGUCUCAUUUAUCGUUAAAAUUUUGCCUGCUGAUUUUCGUUUCCGUCAUCAAUGAUUCUUGCUUAUCACAGAUAUUGAUGUUGCGCUUGCCUAAUGGUGACUUUAUUUCCUUAUUUUACCUGUAUUUAUUAAUUGGUAUUCCACUAUAAAGAAGAGCUGUCCCUUCUCCUCA